UAUCCAAUGUUAUCCAUCACCUGAUAUUCCGUGGAUCCCCGUGGAUAACAUGGAUAACAUAAUAUCCAAGAUAUCCAAUGUUAUCCAUCACAUGAUAUUCCGUGGAUCGCCGUGGAUAACAUGGAUAACAUAAUAUCCAUGAUAUCCAAUGUUAUCCAUCACAUGACAUUCCGUGGAUCGCCGUGGAUAACAUGGAUAACAUAAUAUCCAUGAUAUCCAAUGUUAUCCAUCACGUGAGGUUGCAGCCCUUACAGCUUGUUACAGUUGUUACGGUUGUUACGGUUGUUACGGUUGUUACGGUUGUUACGGUUGUUACGGUUGUUACGGUUGUUACGGUUGUUACGGUUGUUACGGUUGUUACGGUUGUUACGGUUGUUACGGUUGUUACGGUUGUUACGGUUGUUACGGUUGUUACGGUUGUUACGGUUGUUACGGUUGUUACGGUUGUUACGGUUGUUACGGUUGUUACGGUUGUUACGGUUGUUACGGUUGUUACGGUUGUUACGGUUGUUACGGUUGUUACGGUUGUUACGGUUGUUACGGUUGUUACGGUUGUUACGGUUGUUACGGUUGUUACGGUUGUUACGGUUGUUACGGUUGUUACGGUUGUUACGGGUUGUUACAGGUGCAGCCUUAGCCACCAAGGCUACAACCGCUAA